UUGGCAGCGGUGACGUCACUAGGUCGAGUGAAUUGAGGUGGAGGCAGCUACGUGAAAGGAAUUGUUUUGAGAAAUCAAAGAAAGUACGUGAUUUAAUUAUUUUGCGCUUUUGCUUACGACUCGACUGGUUUGUGGAAACGGUUUAUUUUCGUUCUCGUUCGAGUGUGUGUGCUUCGUCAGUCCCCGUUCUCGUUGGAGUGAACACAAAGGGGGACUCCAUGAAAGAUGACGGAGGAGGUGACAGUUGUAGCCAAGUGGGACUACACGGCCCAGCAGGACCAGGAACUUGACAUCCGGAAGAAUGAUCGGCUUACUCUGCUGGAUGACAGCAAGACUUGGUGGAGGGUGAGGAACGCCUCAAACCAGACCGGCUACGUCCCCUCCAACUACGUAGAGCGCAAGAACAGCCUGGUGAAGAAGGCCUCUCUGGUCAAGAACCUCAAAGACACACUGGGACUGGGUAAGGGCAGAAGGAAGCAGAGUGCCAGUGACGCCUCCCCCACGCCCAGCACAGAUGCGGAGUACCCCUCCAAUGGGAGUGGCGGAGGAGUGGCCGAGCGGGUCUACGACCUCAACAUCCUGGCUGUGGUCAAGUUCUCGUACGUGGCGGAGCGCGAGGAUGAGCUGACCCUAGCCAAGGGGUCACGGGUCACGGUGAUGGAGAAGUGCAGUGACGGUUGGUGGCGGGGCAGCCAGGGAGGUCGCGUGGGCUGGUUCCCCUCCAACUAUGUCCUGGAGGACCCCGCAGAGGGUGAAGGGGGUAGAGGUGGAAGGGACUCCCCAGGGAGGGGCAGGGAGGCCACGAUGACCAACGGGCGGGCGGGAGGUGGUGGCAGCCGGGGUGGCGAGGGCAGUGGUGCGCUCCAGCUGGUCCAGACUCUGUACCCGUUCAGCUCAGUGACGGAGGAGGAGCUGAACUUUGAGAAAGGAGAGGUGAUGGAGGUUGUUGAGAAACCUGAGAACGACCCAGAGUGGUGGCGCUGCCGGAACACCCGCGGUCUGGUGGGCCUGGUGCCCAAAAACUACGUGCUGGUGCUGAAUGACACCAACGGGCCUCCCGGGCUCCCCGCCCUUCCGCUGUCGCCCCCCGGCUCCCCACAGAUCGGCUACAUGGCCCCGGCGUGCGAGGGCAAGUUUGCAGGCAGGGACUGGUACUACGGAGGGGUGACCAGACACCAAGCAGAGCUGGUCCUCAACGAGAGAGGACAGGAGGGGGAUUUCCUCAUACGUGACAGCGAGUCAUCGCCCAGUGAUUUCUCUGUGUCUCUGAAGGCGCCUGGGAAGAACAAGCACUUCAAGGUGCAGUGUUCAGAGGAGGUCUACUGUAUCGGCCAGCGCAAGUUCAGCUCCAUAGAUGAACUGGUGGAACACUACAAGAAAGCCCCCAUCUUCACCAGUGAACAAGGAGACAAGCUCUACCUGGUCAAACCGCUGCCCGAACCCCAGCUAUCCUCAACAUGCUGAACUUGGGGAGAGACCUUACUGUCUGUUUUAGCCCAGUCACAUAGUUCGUAUUGGUUCUGUUUCCUUUGUUAGUUAAAAAAAAAUAUUUGAAAUGUAAACCCUCUCCAGAGGUUCUGAUGAUUUCUAAAGGAAAUAAUAAGAUCACUAAGGGACCACUGUAAACACUCUUUAGAUUGUUUCUUCUUCCUUUUGCCUAAUCCUAGUCUAUCAAUCUCUUCCUCUACCUUCAUCCUCAUCCCUCAUCUAUCCAUCUCUUCCUCUACCUUCAUCCUCAUCCCUCAUCUAUCCAUCUCUUCCUCCGCCUUCAUCCUCAUCUAUCCCUCUCUUCCUCCACCUUCAUCCUCAUCUAUCCAUCUCUUCCUCUGCCUUCAUCCUCAUCUAUCCAUCUCUUCCUCCGCCUUCAUCCUCAUCUAUCCAUCUCUUCCUCCGCCUUCAUCCUCAUCUAUCCAUCUCUUCCUCUGCCUUCAUCCUCAUCUAUCCAUCUCUUCCUCCGCCUUCAUCCUCAUCUAUCCAUCUCUUCCUCUGCCUUCAUCCUCAUCUAUCCCUCUCUUCCUCUGCCUUCAUCCUCAUCUAUCCCUCUCCUCCUCCGCCUUCAUCCUCGUCUAUCCCUCUUCCUCCGCCUUCAUCCUCAUCUAUCCCUCUCUUCCUCUGCCUUCAUCCUCGUCUAUCCCUCUCCUCCUCCGCCUUCAUCCUCGUCUAUCCCUCUCCUCCUCCGCCUUCAUCCUCGUCUAUCCCUCUUCCUCCGCCUUCAUCCUCGUCUAUCCCUCUUCCUCCGCCUUCAUCCUCGUCUAUCCCUCUCUUCCUCUGCCUUCGUCCUCCUCGGAACUCAACUUCGAGAGAGAGAUACUGUAAAUGUGCCACCUACUUACUGUAUUGCUUUUCUAUUGGCACUACACUUAUUGUUCUGUUUUUCUAUUGGCCCCAGCUCUACACUACUGCUAUUUGAUUGGCUCCUGCUGUACACUAAUUGCACUGUUCUAUUGGCUCCAGCUCUACACUUAGUUCUCGAUUCAAUCUGGAUGACUGAAGCAUUACAAAUUGAACGCUAGAGAUGUAAAGGUAAUUUCUGAUUUGAGCUGACAAGAUGCAGUGUUUACCAUGAAUGCAGUCUCCGCUAAUGCGAGAACAUAUUCUUUCAAUUUAAAUCACGCUUUAACGCUGAACUUCCGCUAUAUGAAUUGAGCCCUUACUGUACUGCUAUUCAUUGGCCCUAGUGCUGUUUUCCAACGAAAUCAGGUCUUCAGGCAUUCUACUCUCAAUAUGUAAAUGUAGCUGAUGGAUGACACUAAUUCGAGAGUAAUAUGUUUUUUUGUUUUUAUAUACUUCUUGCUACGUAUCGGUCAUGGGGUUCUCCGCUUUUAUUAGAUAUAAUAUAUCUGAAUGUCAUUGAGCAUUGUUAUUUCAUUCUUGUUCCCACUAUGUAUAUAUUCAGAAGAUGUGCAUAUAUGAAUCGUUUUGAUCCAACCUAUGGUACUGUACCACUGAUCACGUGAUGAGAAUUGAAAUGCGUAUGUUCAAUAAAAGUUUUUGCAGAAUAACUCAAA